AUGAAGAAACGACUGCAGCUGCUGAUCUGGGUUUGCGUUUGCGUCGGUCCGACUUGUUGUUGGCACGACUUGGACAACAGCGAGUACGACUGCUGGCCUCUGGACCGACCCAACGAGAACAACAUGAUCGACUGUGGAGGUCUGGAGAUGUCCUGGGUGGUCCGUCCUCCUGAACUGGUCAAAAGUGGAGAAGUGUUCAGCGUCACAUAUUCAGUCACGGCCCAGGACUCGUUCUACAGCUGGGCCGUUCAGAACCACGUCUUCACCCAAAGCUCCAUAAAGAAUGCCGGAGAAGCUCGAAGGUUCUGCGAACAUCACGACUGUCCGACCAACUGGAAGGACGCCAACGGAGAAAACUGCUGCAUCCAUCACGCCAACAUCCACUCGUGUCCUCUGGGACACAUGACGACUGAAAGUAUCUGUGGUCCCUGGAUUCCUGACGACGGAAAGAUCUUCACCCACACCAUCUCUACGUCCGGAAAGAUGACCCAGACCAACUGGACGGCAAAGGUGGUUCUGUUCCACGCUGGUUUAACUUCACUCAUCGCUCACAUACGAGUUGGUCGGAUGCAGGUUGCUCUGGAGGCUAAAAGCACCGUUCUGCCGGCUGUAGUCUGCGGCGACGGCAUCUGCGAGGAGGCGGAGCUUUGUUCCACCUGUCCAGCUGACUGCGGUGAAUGUCCAAUGACUGCUGCCACCAAACUGGCCAUCGGCCUGCCGCUCAGCCUGCUCUGCCUCUCCUUUAUUCUGACCGCUGUGUGGCUGAGGUACCAGAAGGAGAAGCUGCUCUGGGACGAAAGCUGGAUCAUCGACUUCUCCACCAUAAAACAAGACCAGGAGGCUCACAUGACCAUGGGCAGCAUCAUGAGCGUCCCGGUGGGGAACAGUGACAGUAACACCAGCUGUGUCACUGCUCUGAGCUCCUGCACCGGACAGCCAGGAACCAGGAAAACUCUGUUCACCUGCACCGGCAUAUACGACGGCAGGACGGUGGCCAUCAAGAAGAUUCAAACCAAGACUUUCUCUUUGUCCAAAACCAUCAGACAGGAGGUGAAACAAGUCAGGGAACUCGAUCAUCCAAACCUGUGCAAGUUCAUCGGCGGUUGUGUCGAGGUGCCUGACGUCGCCAUAGUAACGGAGUACUGUCCAAAGGGAAGCCUAAACGACGUCCUCCUUAACGAGGAGAUCCCUCUGAACUGGGGCUUCAGGUUCUCCUUCGCCACCGACAUCGUCAGAGGGAUGUCGUACCUCCACCAGCACCGGAUCUGUCACGGCCGACUCAAGUCGCUAAACUGCGUCUUAGACGACCGCUGGGUCUGUAAGAUAACAGAUUACGGGCUGAGGACGUAUCGCAGAGAUGACGGGAUGGAGCCUCUGUCCACCUAUCAGCAGAGACUCCUGGAGGUGUACAUGCCACCUGAGUUUCAGAACUCCAACAUGGAGCCGACUCUGGCCGGAGACGUGUUCAGGUGCAGCCAGGUGGCGCUAGAAGCCCCACAGUCAGUAAAUGCAUCAUCUGAGCUGAUCCGACGAUGUCGCUCUCAUAACCCCGCCCACCGGCCCACGUUUGAACAAAUCAGGAAGUUUCUUCACCGGAUCAACCCGAUCAAAACCAGCCCCGUGGACAUGAUGAUGAACCUGAUGGAGAAGUACAGCAAACAUCUGGAGGUGUUGGUGGCCGAACGGACUCAGGAUCUGAUGCACGAGAAGCAGAAAACUGACCGGCUACUGUACAGUAUGCUUCCUAAGCAGGUGGCUGACGACCUCCGCCAGGGGAAACCGAUGCAGGCCCAGAGCUACGUCAGCGCCACCGUCUUCUUCAGCGACAUCGUGGGCUUCACUCAGCUGUCCAGCAGCAGCACUCCCUACCAGGUGGUCGACUUCCUCAACAAGCUCUACACCACGUUCGACGACAUCAUCGACAACUACGACGUCUACAAGGUGGAAACCAUCGGAGACGCCUACAUGGUGGUCUCCGGUGUUCCACGGGUCAACGGGAUCCUUCACGCCUCCCAGAUCUCCAGCAUGGCUCUGGACCUGGUGGGCGUCUGCAGAACCUUCCGGAUCCCCCACAAGCCCAACACUCAGCUGCAGAUCCGAGCCGGGAUCCACUCCGGUCCGGUGGUGGCAGGAGUGGUCGGCACCAAGAUGCCUCGGUACUGUCUGUUUGGAGACACGGUGAACACGGCGUCCAGGAUGGAGUCCAACAGCCUUGCCCUGAAGAUCCAGUGCAGCUCCAGCACCUUCUACCUGCUGGAGGAGAUCGGCGGCUACGUGCUGGAGUGUAGAGGGACACUGCAAGUGAAGGGGAAAGGCGACAUGGUGACCUACUGGCUGGAGGGGACGAAGACGUCUCUGGUCUCCAAGGAGACGGCCAAACACAUCGUCCUGGAGACGGAGGCGGAGAAGGAGGCGGAGCUUCGGUCGUCAGUGCCGGGCUUCCUGAGUGACGACCUGCUGCUGGACCCGUCCUGA